AUGGUUUUCACACUGAUCUUUACUUAUCCAAUAGCUUUGAUCUACAAAAAUUUCUUGCCCUCCAAUAACCCGAGUUUAAAACAUCUGUUUUCUAUCCUAUUCGCGAUCCUGGUGUUCUUUGGAAUAUUCGAUCUGGCCGACGCCUUUUAUACAAUCUUGUUCGAUUCUCUCUUGACAUACGGAAUAAUGUAUAGCAUUAAGGGCGUUUGGGGCCCAAGAUUAGUAUUCCUAUAUGCAUUGGGACAUCUGAGUAUAAGCCACAUACACCGUCAACUCAAUCACUUGUCAUAUGAUCGAUUUGAUCUAACAAGUUCUCAAAUGGUGUUGGUCAUAAAGCUGACUUCAUUCUCCUUCAACAUUUAUGAUGGACGAAGGCCGAGUCACGAAUUGACCUCAGACCAAAAAUACAAGUCCAUCCCAGCUAUGCCUCCGAUUCUUGAAUUCCUUGGAUAUGUUUACUUUUUCGGUGGUGUUUUGAUCGGUCCGGCAUUCGAAUUCAUGGAAUAUCGACGAUUUGUCAACAUGGAAAUAUUUCGAGUCGACAAGAUCGAUGCUAAUAACCCAAGAGGACAGAUUCACAAAGAAGAUAAAAAACCUGUUCAAGAAGGAGAUGACGAAAAAUUUUCAAAGCCCCCUAAGUAUCAUAUUCCUGACAGUUCCUCUCCUGCCAUGGCCAAAUUGUUGUCCGGAUUGUUUUGGAUCUUGUGCCUGAUCUCAUUUGGCAAUAAAUAUUCGUAUGAUUGGACUCUGAGCGAAGAGUAUAGAUCGAUCUCAUUUUUCAAUCGGUAA